UGAGUUGCUUCCAUGAUGCUGUGCCAACAAAAAACAAAAAAAACAACGUAAAGUCGCGUAAUUGGUUCCGCAGUGGAGUUUCUGUUAAAUACCUCUCCAGCUGAAGUGACUCCCCCCCUCUCAGCACUACUGAGCUCUCUCAUCCCAUAACACUGCAAGCAGAGAGCGCACUUUUGGAACUAGUUUAAACUUUCUAUUUAACUUUUUAAAAACGUAUUCUUAGUUUGAGCAUGUUUUGGUCACUGUUGCCGUGCGUAAUCGUAGCCUUUGCGUCUGUGCCGGCAGAUGCGCAAAUCUCCGGCCGGUAUGUUAUCGGAUGUCCUGCUCGGUGUGACAAGUCGAUGUGUCCUCGGCUACCAGCGGACUGCCAGGCGGGACAAACCCUCGACGCUUGCCACUGCUGCACGGUGUGCGCGUCCGGCGAGGGCGAAGCAUGCGGCGGCAGCGGGAAGCUCGGGGAUCCGGUGUGCGGAGAGGGGCUGGAGUGCUCGGUCGCUGGCGGGGUGGCAUACACUAUCACGGUGAGGAGGAGAAGCAAGACUGGGACUUGCGCGUGCAAAGCCACCGAGCCGGUUUGUGGAAGCGAUGGGGUGUCCUACCGGAAUAUCUGCGAGCUGAAGAGGGUCAGCCGCCGUGCGCAGAAGCUGCAGCAGCCACCUGUUCUUUUCAUUCAGCGGGGAGCUUGCGGGAAAGCUCAGGACAACCCAGACAGCCCAAGACACAAAUACAACUUCAUCGCCGACGUGGUGGAGAGAAUUGCUCCGUCUGUGGUUCACAUUGAACUUUACCGCAAGAUGACCUAUUCUAAGCGGGAGGUGGCAGUGGCCAGUGGUUCUGGCUUUGUUGUGUCAGAAGAUGGCCAGAUUGUGACCAAUGCCCACGUCGUGGCCAAUAAGCACCGGGUGAAAGUGGAGCUAAAGAGCGGCGGCACCUAUGAUGCCAAAAUCAAAGACGUGGACGAGAAAUCGGACAUCGCCCUCAUCAAGAUUGAGGCACCGACCAAGCUUCCUGUACUGUUGCUGGGCCGUUCAUCAGACCUGAGACCAGGGGAGUUUGUGGUGGCUAUUGGCAGCCCAUUUUCUCUACAGAAUACAGUCACUACAGGAAUCGUCAGCACCACUCAGCGAGGGGGCAGAGAGCUGGGCCUUCGCAAUUCCGACAUGGACUACAUUCAGACUGAUGCCAUCAUCAAUUACGGCAACUCUGGAGGGCCUCUAGUAAAUCUGGAUGGUGAGGUGAUUGGGAUCAACACGUUGAAAGUGACAGCUGGCAUCUCCUUUGCCAUACCCUCAGACAAAAUUCGACAGUUCCUGGCAGAGUCCUACGACAGGCAGUCCAGAGGGAGAGCAGCUGCUAAGAAGAAGUAUAUUGGCGUGAGGAUGAUGACUCUCACUCCAGCGCUGGCCAAAGAGCUGAAGACUCGACACCAUGACUUCCCUGAUGUCACCUCUGGAGCUUACGUUAUGGAGGUCAUCGCAAAGACACCAGCUGCAACUGGUGGACUCAAAGAGCACGACGUCAUCAUCUCAAUCAACGGCCAGAGGAUCUCAUCGGCGACUGAUGUGAGUGCCGCCAUCAAGAGAGAUGACACCUUGAGAGUAGUUGUGCGCCGUGGAAAUGAGGACGCUAUCCUCACAGUUGUUCCCAUGGAAAUCGACCCUUGACACUCCACAAAUCACACCACAGGAGCUGGAGCUAGGUUUUACUUAUCACCAGUGGACCUUAUAUUGAAGGGGGGCUUCUACUGACAUGCUCUCUCCCUGUGGCCAAAGGCCAGUGGCGCCACACAACCAGGAAAAAUACUGGCUAUGCCUUGAAAGGAACGACUGUGCAGAUGCUCUAAAAGCAGUGCUGUACUUUGUUUUCCAUGUGUGUUUUCACUUUUAGUCUUUAAUGCUUUGAUCAAUGCUACUACUGUUUGGUCACAAACAUAAGACAUUGGUUAUUGGCGUAUUGUUUUUAUCUGUUUUCUCUUGUUUUGUGUCUUUUUUAACACGGACUUUUGCUCAGUCAGGCCUUCCACUGCAAUUUUGAGCAAUUUAGAGACUCACUGAGCAAUUCUGAUUUGUAUAAUUGUUGUUUGCUAAACUCUUUUUUAAAGUACUGUAGAAUGUUUUUGUUGAUUAUGUGAUGUAUACUGAGAAAAUAAAAGGUUUGCCUUCUUUUGUUUUGACACUCA